GCUCAUCAGCGAAGGAAAGUGUUUUAUGGAUUUUUUCUAGUGCGUCAUUUAUGGAUUUAUUGACGUGGAUGAAACUUCUUCUGACAAGAGAAUCAUUCUAAAUCGCGAAGGAAUGAAAAUUUUAAUAUUCUAUGCAUUAUAAUACUAAACAUAAAAACUUUCAUAGUAUGGAGAAUAUACCAGGAAGUGAGAAUCAAAUGCCCCAUCAGUUGCCUCCAAUGAUGAACAUGCCACCGAACAGUAAUCACGGAGUACCAGGAAUGGAACCCCCCAAAAUGUUACCCAGUUUACUGAGCUUAAAAGUGAGUCCACCAAGCGAACUACAAAAUCAGAAUUCAAUAGAUGAUGGAGGAAGAGAAGCAGAUGGUGAUUCUGUGAAAUUACCAGCAGCUUUAGAGCAGGCUCUAGCUUUCAAAACUGAGAGGGCUAAAGAGGUAGGAGGAGAUCCUAAUGAUAUAGUUUCCUUAGAGAAAGCAUCAAAUCAUGAAAAUGUAGGGGAAGAUGCAUCUCAGUUAGAUGAUGUUAUAAUUGAACCUGAAACAACAACAGAAAAGACAAACACAAAGUUAGCUAAAACCAAAAAGAAGAAGAAGAAAAAAAGGAAGAAGCACAAUAUAAGCAAAGAGGGAGAAAAUAAGAAAGACGAUAUAGAGAAUUCAAAACCUAAGGAUGAUUUACCAGAGAUUGAGUAUGUUCAGGAGAUUCCAAGUAUUAAUGAUUUGGAACCUAUGUACCGUCAGUUCGCUAGAAUUUUUGAAGCAUUUAAAUUGACUGAACCUGAACCAAAAUCUAUGGAAGCAGACAAAGGAGAACCGAUAGGACAGUAUCCUCCUGUAACGAGUUUACAAACAACUGGUACUGUACCCAGUAAAGUACCACCUUUAGAUGACUUUGACGACGAUGCGAUUCAGCAGCAGCAACAGCAGGGAACCGGGGAGAACGGUGCUCCCCGUCUUUCCAAGAGAAAGUUAAAAAGGCUAACACGUUUGAGCGUGGCCGAAUUGAAGCAACUUGUUGGACGACCCGAUGUUGUAGAAAUGCACGAUGUCACCGCUAGAGAUCCGAAGCUGCUUGUACAGUUAAAAGCGCAUCGUAACACAGUACCAGUCCCUAGACACUGGUGCUUCAAGAGAAAGUAUCUUCAAGGGAAACGUGGUAUCGAGAAGCCGCCUUUCGAUUUACCAGACUUUAUAAAACGUACAGGUAUCACGGAGAUGAGAGCGAGCCUUCAAGAACGGGACGAUACACGCACGUUAAAAGCAAAGAUGCGAGAAAGGGCAAGGCCGAAGCUCGGUAAAAUAGACAUUGACUACCAGAAACUGCACGAUGCGUUUUUCAAAUGGCAAACGAAGCCUCGCAUGACCAUUCACGGUGAUCUCUACUACGAGGGUAAAGAAUUCGAAACACGUUUGAAGGAAAAGAAACCUGGAGAACUAUCCGACGAAUUACGUACUGCACUCGGUAUGCCAAUUGGACCUAAUUGUCACAAGGUUCCGCCGCCGUGGUUAAUCGCCAUGCAACGUUACGGGCCACCGCCCAGUUAUCCGAAUUUAAAGAUACCUGGUCUAAACGCACCAAUACCAGAGGGAUGCGCGUUUGGAUAUCAUGCUGGAGGUUGGGGUAAGCCCCCUGUGGAUGAAACAGGACGUCCUUUAUACGGCGACGUAUUUGGUAUCUCCCGUGCGCCGGGCGGAGAUGCUAUGGAUGAAGAAAUCGACCGAGGUAUGUGGGGCGAGCCUGAAUCAGAAUCUUCCGGUGAGGAGGAUGAGGACGAAGAUGCGGAGGAAGGUGGCGAGGGUGAAGGGGAAGGAAAGGAUGCGGACGGUGAUGCGAGUGGACUGGUUACACCUGGCGCAGAAGGUCUGAUAACGCCAAGCGGUAUCACAUCGAUCCCGGCCGGGUUGGAGACACCGGAAACAAUAGAGUUAAGGAAAAAGAAGAUCGAAAGCGAAAUGGAAGGAGGAGACACGCCUGCUCUGUACACGGUUUUGCAAGAACGACGAACGGACGGUCUUGGCGCCAGCAUGAUGGGUAGUACACACGUCUACGAUAUGACCGGUGCAGCAGGAGGUCAAGCGCCACCGUCUGUGAUCGCUGCACGCCGUGGUGUCAGUGGCACAACGUCCGACGGAAGAACAGAAAAAGAUGGGGCCGUUGAACUGGCAUUAGAUCCGAGCGAGUUGGAUCUAGACUCUGAGGCAAUGGCGUCACGAUACGAAGAGACCAUGCGGUCGCGACAAGCUCAUUUGAGGAGAGAAGACUUAUCGGAUAUGCUUCAGGAUCAUGUACAACGACAAAAAAGUAAACGCAAACGGCAACAGGGUCAAGACUCAAAAGCUUCUAAGAAGUAUAAAGAAUUUAAAUUUUAAACUUACUG